AUGGCAUCCCUCAAGGACACCCAUCCAGAGAACGUAGAGGCACACGACCUCCUCUCCAUCGACCACGCAGUCUGCUUCGACAACGAGGAGGGCACCCUGGCAAAAGGGCAGUUCAGACUGCAAUGUGUAUCGCUUCCCAUCCCCAAGGAGAUCGGGCGUCAAACGGCGAACCCUUUUGCCCCAUCUCCUUCAGAUCCCCCCAUCCCGACCCAUGACUACUGGCUCAUCAUUCAGGUCGGCGCGUCAUUCGAGCUGCUGGCUACACCGGGUCAGCUAUUCACCCCGCAGGUGACAAAAGACAGCAUCACCUACACCAUUACUUCCCGAGACAUACCAGGAGCGUCCAUCGCCUUCAUCUUGCCAUAUCCCCAGACCAAUGCCCAGCUCGAGGACUUGGAAUCGCUGGAGCUCUUGCUUCACCACUACAAGUCCAUGGGAGCAGAAGCGACGGCUUUGGCCGGUAUCGAGCCGCAGAAUCUGACCGGCUCAGCGCUCGCCCCGGAAGAGUUGCGGGGCAAGUUGGUUCUGGUCAACAACGACAACGGCGAAGUGCUGGGUGAGAUGGACGAGAAUCUGGAUAUUGAGGUGGAUAAGAGGAUUGCCAAGGAAAACGAGAAUCUUCCUGUUGUUUUGGACUUUGAGCAGGUAAUGGAGGGUCAUCAGGCUCUGAGAGUCAAGGUCAAGACGGUGCCAGAAGGCGAUAUGGAUGACUGGCUUCUUCGUGGAGCAAACUCAAUCAGCCGAGGAAUCUUGACUUUCGGAGCGUGGUCGUCACGCCAGAUGAUGUCAGGGGCAGACCAGUUUGUCAAAGGCUCCACUCCUCGAGAGAAACCUGUGGUCUUUUCGCCUCAGACCAAGGAAGGAUUUAUGAAAGUUCAUAAGGCUUCUGUUACCACGGCAACUGUCACAAAGUCUACCUUGAACAAGAUUCACGGAGCGAUUCAAACGGUAGCAGGAAAGACAUACACCCACGGGGUCCAACCAGUCAUGAGUACCUAUCAGGAAAACUACCGAGAGCUCGCGGGACCCCCUCUCCCCCCCCGAAAGCAGCCCCAACAGGUUGCAGCAUCAUCAGCAUCUCAGAAAGGCGCACCCUCCAUCCCAGACAAACCGUUGGAGCUAGGUGGCGCCCAAGUUCCGUAUGCCGCGCGUCAAUCCCCCAGCCCAACUAAAGGGAAUCAGCUAGCUUAUCCAGCGAGCACGCAAGCCGCCACAGGUCAGCUAGAGAAACCACCCAACUACUCUGUGGAUCCUAGCGCAUCUCGCCUGCCAUCUGACGUCGUCCCAGACCAGCCAAAGAAGAAGAGAGGGCUUCUGAGCCGAGUGGUGCUGGCAGGCGAAGUGGUCUUUACUUCUCUUGAAGCCACCGCACAUGAUAUCAUCAACAACGGUACCAUCGCAGCUUCCACUGCGGCUGGUCACAAAUACGGCAGAGAUGCCGGAGAAGCCACCGCUCUGGUGGGAGGCUCAAUCAAGAACGUGGCUGUGGUCUAUGUCGACAUUGCUGGAGUGGGAAGGCGUGCUCUCUUGAAGUCUACUGCCAAGGGCGUGAUCAAGACCAGGACCAAUGACGGAGAGAUCGUAGAGCUGAGGGCGGAGGGGAAUGGUAAUCAGAUCAGAGCCGGUGAGGCAGAGAGGGUAGAUGAGGGGGAAAUCGUGGUCGGCAUGACGGAGGUCAAGGAAAUCUCUCCAAUCGUACAAGUCCCUUGA